AUGCUUCAAAGCCCUGUUAAGAAUGUUUGGAUCCCCAUGAAGCCCUACUAUACCCAAGUUUACCAGAAGAUUUGGGUAGGAAUAGGGUUGAUGGGCUUCACCGUUUAUAAACUCAGGCGUGCUGAUAAAAGCAGCAAAGCCUUGAACGCUUCCAGUGCUGCGCCUGCUCGUGGUCGUCAUUAA